CGCUGACCCCCAUGACCCACCGCCAAGACACAACCCAGCUGUCCGAAGUAUACUCGAUUCCCCCAUUCGACGGUGCUGCGCCUCCGUGCUAAGCUUUUAGGCGAAUGACUAAGCGAGUGCGGUGCAGCAGCAGGUGUUUGGGCGCGCGCGCGUGAGGGAGCGAGGCUUAGCUGUGUUUGUUUGGGGUUGUACGGAGGGUUAAUAAUAAGAGGAGCACUCCCCCCUCUCUUUCUUGGUAGCAUACACCGUCGCUUCUCUUCCUUCGUUUUUCGUUGUUCAGCAUGCGAUUCUCCCUCCUCGCCGCCGCGGCGACAGGCCUCCUAACCGUCGCCUCCGCCCUCAACCCAAUCGUCGUCCAAGACCGCUACCUCUACGACUCCGUCACCAACGAGCGUUUCUUCAUGGUCGGAGUCGACUACCAACCCGGCGGUGCAGCCGCCGUAACAUCCGGCUCAGACCCCCUCUCCGAUCCCGACAUCUGCCGCCGUGACGCCUACCUCUUCCAACAACUCGGUGUAAACACGAUUCGAGUCUACUCCAUCGAUCCCACCAUCUCGCACGAUGAGUGUUUUGGGAUUCUGAAUGCGGCCGGGAUUUAUGUCGUGCUGGACGUGAACUCGCCGUUGGAGGGACAACAUCUCAAUCGCUAUGAGCCGUGGACGACGUAUACAGGUCCGUACAUGGAACACGUGUUUUCAGUUAUCGAGGCCACGAGCGGGUAUCCUAACCUCCUCGGCUAUUUCGCCGGAAACGAGGUGGUGAAUGACGAGGAAAGCGCCGAAUUCUCCCCUCGCUAUCUCAAAGCCGUCACGCGUGACAUGAAGUCCUACAUCUCCAACCACGCUUCACGCGAUAUCCCCGUCGGGUACUCUGCCGCAGACGACUUGAAGUACCGUGUCGAGCUCGCUGAAUACCUGGCCUGCGGCGACGACGGAAACGCAGAUUUCUUCGGUGUGAACAGUUACAGCUGGUGUGGCACCCAAACCUUCCAAAGCUCCGGCUACGACAAACUCACCGCCGCAUUCGACAACUUCACAAUCCCCGUCUUCUUCUCCGAAUACGGAUGUAUCGAAGUCACACCCCGUAUCUUCCAAGAAGUCGAGGCGUUGUACACGACGAAUAUGACGUCCGUUUUCAGCGGUGGUUUGAUUUACGAGUUCUCGAUGGAGGAGAAUGGGUACGGUAUCGUCGAGAUCGAUCACGAUGAUGAAUCUCUCACGCUACUCCCGGACUACGAAGCCCUCCGUACCCGAUACGCAGCAGUCCCCACCGCCGUCCCUGGCCCCGCCCUCACCCGCUCCGGCGGCUCCUCAAACGCCUACGCCACCGGUCCUACUUGCCCCGACGCCGGCGCCUACACCAACAUCAACGGCACCACCUCCCUCCCAGCCGCAGUCGAUAACGUCCCAGACCUCAUCGCGGACGGCAUCCCCACCGACCUAAACAUCUGGCGCGGACGACCCGUGAUCACGGAUAUGGACACCGAGACGACGUUGAGGAUCGUUGGGGUUGAUGGGGGUGAGGUGCAGCAGAAAGCGUUGGUGAGGAUGAGAAGAGUGAGUGUGAGGAAGAAGACGAGGACGAUGAUGAUGAUGAUGAUGAUGGCGACGAUGAAGUGCCCGCGAAGGUUGAGAGUGAGCGCAGCAGGGGGAGCGCCGGUGCGUACCAUCGUCCGAGCCAGAGCCAGAGCCAGAGCCAGAGCCAGCAGCAGCAGCUGUAUAGCGCCGAUAACCCACCCACGACACCGGAUCACAAAUUCACCUCCACCUCGCACCACUACCACCCCUACUCUUACAACCAGAAGCCGGCGCCGUUAUGGGGAAAACACAAACGCGCAAGGAGCGACUCACCCGACAGCGACGACAUCUCGAGUGAUGGCUCAGUCUACCAAGACUCCCACAACCGCCAACGCCGGCGUAAAUCCUCCACCUCUCGCCCUCGGGCUCAAAGCAGCACUUCGUCCCGCCCCGUGGUGUCGCAUAAGACAUCUACGGCAUCCCUCGCUACGUCCACCACGACUCCCUUCCCCACGACCUCGACCCUCGCCUCAACUGUCCCCGCCGCCAGCGCCUCACUUCCAGUCCCCGUUCCGACGAAGCGCAGUUUGAAGCCAGGAGCCACGCCAGUGU